CUUCUGCACCUUUACUUCAGUCUCUCUCUCUCUCUCUCUCUCUCACACUUCGUCUCUCUCUUAUGGUGUCACAACGUUUCUUCUCUCGCAUUUGCGCCUCUUUCUCUUGAUCCAUCUCUCUCUAUGAAACCCUGACGAUCAAAGAAAAAAUGUGUUCACUCUCUCUCUAUUAACUCUAGCGAAGACUUCAACACGACCUUUUGGCAGUGAAAGCCAUGGGCAGCAGUAUCUCCCAACCAAAUCCACUUGACAACCACCACCACAAAGCUACCACCGCCACAAACAACGAUUACUACCACGUUGGAGAUCCUGCGCUCGCUAACGUGAUUGGUCGAGAUCUUAUUUACAUGAAAGAGGCCAUGGUAAAGGUUCAGAAGUAUGUAGAUCGUAUGAAUGUCCAAAUCGACCAGGCCAGUCAGAAAUUUGAGCAGCUCAAAACAGGAGGAGGAGAAGAACUUAGUGAACUGAAAGUGGCAGUCAAGAAACUGAAAUCCCAAAUUCCAUCAAAGCUGAUUAUGAAAACCGAUUACGAUGAUGAUUCCAAACCACGUCGGAAUCCAUGGUUUGAUGGAUCCAUUAACCGUAGCAUCAACAACUACGAAGUCGAUAUCAACAAGGCCGGCCAUUCGCAGAGCUUGUACAAGGUGCCAAAGUUCGAUCAUAUCAAGGAAUCUUUCGAUGCCCUCCGAGACAAACUAAAAAAUUGUUUGAAAUGUUUCUUGAUGUUCCCAGAAAUGGUUGUUAUAAAGAAAAGGGUUAUGAUUUACUGGUGGAUUGGAGAGGGACUUGUAUCCGCAACAGUCUCAACCUCACCGGGCAGAGAAAUUGUGUUGGUGAAGACGGCAGAGGAAUUUAGCAAUGAGUUAUUGGAUGAGUUUACUACAAAGGGCUUUAUCGAGCCUAUCCACAAAAAUCGUGGCUUGGCCGUCGAUAGCUACAGAAUGCACCCUUCCAUUCAUUCUGCGUUAAACCAGUUUUGCCUUAAAGUAGUGUGUUCUAUGGAUACGAAUAAUCGAAUUUAUACUCCAUCUGCUUUGCAUGAAUGCUUCCUCAAUGUUGAUGAGGCCAUUAUUGAUGACAGGUUUGAAUGGUUUUCCAAGUUCAUCUAUUUCAGAAUUGUUUACUUGGGAAGGUGGCAAAACUCGGUCACUAGUCACAUUGAAGUCACAGAUACCAAAAUUCUCAAUGCACUCAAGAAUAUGAAACGGGUAAGAUUUCUUAGCCUUCGAGGAAUUUCUUUGAUUACAGAGCUUUCUCAGUGUAUUUCACAGAUGACUAAUCUCCGGAUCCUAGAUCUCAAAGCUUGUCACAAUCUUGAGGUUGUUCCCGAUUGGAUUGGCUUACUUAAGAAUUUGACACACUUAGACAUAUCUGAGUGUUACUUUUUAAAUCACAUGCCCAAGGGCCUUGGUUCACUAUCAGAACUCGAAGUUCUUAAGGGAUUUAUCAUUGGUGAUUCCGAGGAUAAAAACUCAUGUACUAUCGAUGAUUUGACAAAACUAUCAAAGUUGAGAAAAUUAAGCCUACACACCAAUAUGAAAGAAUUCCCAACAAGUAAGCAGCUCCGUUAUUUACAAAGAUUAAAAACUUUACAAAAGUUAAAAAUAUCCUGGAGAGGAUGCGUUUUACAAGGCAAAACAAACAACACACCUAAGCAAGCACAACCACAACCACAACCACAUCCACGUGCCAAUCUAACAAGAGCACUGAUAGGAUCGUUCACCGAGCAGCAUGAUUUGGAACUUCCUAUCCAUAUGGAACUUCCUUCAUCAUUACAAAAACUAGAGCUUGAGUGUUUCCCCGAAAUGGUUACACCCAGUUGGUUGUCAUCUGGCAAUCUGAAGAACUUGAAGAAACUCCACAUUAGAGGAGGACUAUUGUGUAAUCUAGACCAAAUAGCAACUACCACAAUUGAGAUGUUGCAAUUGAAGUACUUGAGUGACUUCCAAAUGCAGUGGAUGGACCUUAGGAGAUUAUUUCCCAAGUUGAUCUACUUCGAGAAAGUAGAAUGUCCCGGUCUCAUUUAUUUCCCAUGUGAUGAGCAUGGUGUUUGGAUGAACGGAGCAAAACACACAAAAUCAAGAAAUGGCAUUGUGAAUUUGAGGUGAAGUAGCAGCUUACAAUGGGGAAGGUUAUUUCGAAGACAAUCAAGAUGAAGUUUUAGAGCCGUGGUUCACUUGAAAAUUUGGACUAGUAGUUUGUUUUUGUUUUCUCUCUCCUUUUAUCUUUUGGUUUGACAGUGUUUUGUAAACCUCUAGUAGAACUCAAAUCAGUUAUCUAUGUUAUAACUCUGCUUAUAUGUGUAUAUUAAAAUAUUGUGGUUAUCUCUUUUGUUUGAGUUGCACUUUAUAUA